AUGUUUUAACCCAAUCAAAGCUAAAUUAAGUAUAACAAUUAAUUUGGUGCCACCUCUGCAGUGUAUUUCUCACAACAACAAACAUCAAGAGACAAAGUAUAAAAUUGCCAAACAUCAUGUAGAUAAUAUAGACAAGAGAAGGUUCUGAAAAUAAAUAAUUGCUUUAAUAUCCAGCUUCUCAAAUAGUCUAUGGUCCAUCAAUGAAAUUCAAUUCACCAGUGCAUAGCAAUAUAGCAUUUCGCAAAACAUCUAAAGAAUUGAAUAUUACUAUAGAAGAUCCUUUAGUGAGUUAAUAAGUACGUUAGCCAUCUCCGAAUGUCAAAAAAUAAAGGGAAUAGAUGGAAAAGGAUUGGAAUAAAUUAAUUGACAAAUCUAAGACUCUAUAAGAAAAUUUAGUAUUGCUAAAAAACAAUAUCAGUAUGAACUUGAACAAAAAAUAACCUGAUCCACGUUUAACUAAAGAAUCAACAAUUACAAAUACUGGUUUAUCAUCAAGGAUGAAAUUACAGAAAGUAAAUGUCACUUGUAAACUAAAUUCUCCAUUCAAAGCUUAACCUAAAUUAGAAGUUUGUAAGAGUUUGAGCCAUAAUGCAUUUGGUAAUCUCAAAUUUGGUUCAAAUGUUAAUAAAAAUCCAACACUAAUAAACAAUACUAGUUCUAUUAAUUAUGUUAAUAUGAACAAUAAUUAUGCUAAAAAGUUAUUAGAUGAACUUUAAUCAUAAAAAGUGAAUACUUAAAAUAAAAUAAUAAAAUAAACCAAUCCUCUCUAUAUUUAAAUAGAAAAUAAAUUGAAAUUAAAAAUAAGUUCAUUUUUAGGAAGGGGAAAAUUUAGUGAUGUUCAUAUGGCAAUAGAUAAUAGAACUGGUUUAAUUUUUGCAUUGAAAAUUAUAAAAAAGUAAACUGUUAUUGACCAUGAAAUGUAAUAAUAAUUAGCAAGAGAAAUUGCAAUCUAAUCUAAAUUAUAACAUCCUAAUAUAGUCAAAAUGUUUGGAUAGAGUUAUGAUCAACAAUAUAUUUAUAUGAUGUUAGAAUUUUGCAAUAAUGGUGAAUUAUUUUAACAUUAGUAUAAAUAGCCUAAUAAAAGAUUUAAUGAGAAAGAAGCUAGUAAUUUUAUAAUGUAAAUACUUUCUGCUAUUUAAUAUAUGCAUAAUUAAGGAUUUAUGCAUAGAGAUUUAAAAACGGAAAAUAUUUUAUUAUCUCUAGUAUUAAUUUAUAACAAAAAUUUUUAGAAUUACAUUAAAUUGUGUGAUUUAGGUUGUGUUCGAGAAAUCCCUAAGUAUGAAGAUAGAAGAAAUACUUUUUGUGGAACUGUAGAUUAUAUUGCCCCUGAAGUCAUAAAAGAUGAAGGAUAUGAUGAAAGAUGUGAUGCAUGGUAAAUUGCUAUUCUAGCUUACGAACUUGUAGCUGGUAACACUCCAUUUUCAGAAUUUCCAAGAGAUGAUGAUGCCAUUAUGGAAAAUAUAUUAAAUGUAAUAUUAUUUUCUUAGAUUAGAAUAAAUUUGAUCUUCCUCAUUUCUUUUCUCCAUCUUUGAAAGAUUUUGUAAUAAGAGGAUUACAAUAGAGUCCAGAUCAUAGAAUAUCUAUCGAUUAAAUGUUGUUGCAUAAGUGGAUAGUUGAAAAUAUCAAGACAGAUAGAGAAUAUUUAUUUUGA